GGAUUCUUCCUGAUCCGCCUAGGCGAACCUUUGCGCGUACAAAAUCAAAAAAUAUACUUCCCGACUCCAAACCGCCAGCAAAGACUAAGACGUGGGACUAUGCAGGAUUUGCCAAGUCAGGUCUUAAACCUACGGACAGAAAGCAAAAGGAAAGCGUAACGCUGGAAAUGACGAGGACGAAGAAGGGCUGGUAUCGAUGAAGAGGGACUGCUGGCUUCUGCGGUCCUUUGUUAGUAGCAACAAUGUCACUCAAUUAUGAUUGCUGACUCCGCUUCCCUAGCUGGACCCCCCCCACCCAUGCGUGUGCAACCUGAUCAGUCCGCUUGCCAGGAAUGGAUAUACCCUCUAAAUCGUCCGAAACGAGAUUAUCAGUUCAACAUUGUUCGAAAAUGUCUAUUUGACAAUACACUCGUCGCGUUACCGACAGGUCUUGGGAAGACAUUUGUUGCAGGUUGCGUCAUGCUUAAUUAUUAUCGGUGGUUUCCCAGCGGAAAGAUCCUCUUCUUGGCUCCCACGAAGCCUCUAGUAUCUCAGCAAGUUAGUGCUUCGCACGAACAAUGUGGUAUUCCUGGCUCAGCCGCUGCAGAGCUAACUGGGAGUUUGAGGCCAGAAGCUCGAAAGCCAUAUUGGCAAAGCAAGAGGGUCUUUUAUAUGACGCCACAAGCUUUUGUUCGUGAUCUUCACAACGGGAACGCUGACCCGUUGGAUAUCAUCCUUAUUGUUGUGGACGAAGCACAUCGUGCGACGGGAGAUUACGCCUACUGCACUGCGAUUCGUUACAUGAUGGUCAAGAACCCACAUUUCAGGGUAUUGGCUCUAACUGCGACACCUGGUUCUAAUGCCGAAGCUGUGCAGAGCAUAGUGGAUAACAUGCACAUAAGCCACAUUGAGAUACGAGAUGAGAACGCGCUCGACUUGCGAGAUUACGUACACCGAAAGCACAUGGUGCAGCAUGUAGUUCCGUUGACACCGGAGCUGGUAAAUAUAUUUGAUCAAAUAAUCAAGCUGAUGCAGAAAAUUUACAGUCCCAUUGGACAAUUCCUUCCCGGGGCUGAUAUGGCAACCAUGGGCGAUUACCGACCAACGGCGGUUUCACACCAGCUCACUUCUGCAAACAGAUGGGCGACGCCGGCUUUGUUAAAUCUCGGAGUACUUGCACGAGCGCGUACUUAUCUGGUCACUGAGAGUUUUGAAAUGUGUCAUCAGAGACUCAUGGAGCUGAUGGCUGCGGACGCCGCUAAGCAAUCCGCUAGGAGUGGAAAAAAGAAGCUGGCAGCUGAUCCGCUUUUCCAAUCCCUCAUCAUGUCGAUAAGCGAGUUAAAGCAUGCCAACGGCUUUAUCGUGCAUCCAAAAAUGGACAAGCUUAAAACUCUGCUGCUUCAACAUUUCUCAUCGGUUUUGGAGGGUCAGACUGCUUCAAAAGUCAUGGUGUUUGCAUCAUACCGGCCCGUUGUGGAGCAGAUUGUGGAACAUCUCAAUGAACAGAAGCCCCUAAUCCGCGCACAUCGGUUCAUCGGUCAAGCUGCAUCAAAGGAGGGCGUGAAAGGCUUGACACAAAAAGAGCAACUCCAGGUCAUUGAAAGUUUCAAGAAAAAUGAGUUCAACACUCUUGUCUGCACUUCUAUCGGCGAGGAAGGUUUGGACAUCGGUGAGGUUGACCUAAUCGUUUGCUACGAUUCUCACAAGGCCCCCAUAAAAAUGCUCCAACGGGUAGGAAGAACUGGGCGGAAACAGGACGGUCACAUUAUUGUCUUGGUGGCGGAGGGCAAAGAAGAGGAGAACUUUGCAAAGGCAAAAGCCGCAUACGCAGACGUCCAGAAGGCAAUCGUCGAUGGUGAUCAGCUGGUGCUCUAUAAUGAUAUUGAGCAUCUCAUCCCUGAUACCAUUCGGCCAGAGGUCUGCGAAAAGGUAAUGCCUAUCGAACCGUAUGUCCCCCUAUCGGGAGCGUUGAAGAAGCGGAACGGUGGACUGCCUCGCAGUAUGCCUGCUGGCGGAAUCGAGGGCUUUGUGACGGCCAAGACUUUGGUCAAUGGAUCGGUUGCGUCGAAACCGAAGUCGACUUCAAAACGAGUUAAGUCCACUCUUGAUAUGAAUGCUGUCACCGACAGCGGAGACGAUGAAAGCGAUAUGGACCUUGAUGCCGCUCUUGCCGCUAGAGUUCACUCUCCAGUAUUGAAGAGGAUAAAUUCGGACCAUGAGUCUGAAGAGCCUCCCAAGAAAAAGAGAAAGCCAAAAAAGAAGUCGGAUGAAUCUUCAGACCCAGUCAGACCAAAACCAAGGCCAAACUUCCAAGAAUUCUAGAGUUUUCUCAGGCUUUACAAGUGCCAACGCGGUGGCGCGACUCCGGGUGGUAAGAGCGACAAUCCCUCGAGUGCUUCGGGAUUACCGUCGAGGGAAAGCUCCGGAACGCUACAAUCAGAUUCGGACAUCGA